CUUCAGAUUGUAGACGAGAUUAGUGCAAGGUUUCAGCUACGCUGACGCUCUAGCCAUGACUAGCUAGUAGCUUUAGGCUUGAGAAAGCUGACGAAAUUUGGGCAUGUUUACCUUGGCAAUAUCAUGCUUGAUCGACGAAGUACACCUAGUACUGCUGUUUCGCCAGUGCAGCUAAAACUCCUGUAGAGCUUACAUCGUGGACGUUUGGUUCAAGAUCAGCUUUAGCCUGAGCUUAGCUACGGAUUAGGCUGGACGCGUCAGAGACAGAAAUGCUCGUGUAGGACGAUUCUUCCCUACUGUCAAUUCUUCCACUCCUUUUUUUUACCAACCACAUCUGCCGCUCCUCUCCCUACAUCAAGCAUGCCAUGGUAGAUAGGCUCACACACUUCUAUGGAGCCACACACCACACCACCGAUGCCCCGCACUGCCUUUCACCGCACUCCACCGCUCCGGCCCUUCCCUCGACCACCGCUCGUCUCACCAACGCCACCUCCCCUGGUCGCCGCCUGCCGUCGUGGUCGCGAUCGCAGCCGUCGGUGGGCUCAUCCGCCGUGGUGGCGACGGUCGGAGCUGAGGGUGAGCGGCAGGGGGGCUUGGAGGGAGAGAGGGCGCGGGAUGGGGAGUUGUUGGGUGAGGGGAGGCAGCACGACUCGGAGACAUCAUUGGAAACAGAGCGGAGCCUGGUGGGGCCCGUGGCUGAGGAAAGCAGAUGGGGCGGGGCGAUGGGGCGACGGUCGGAGCUGGCGAGGACAAGAGCGCAGAGCGGGACACUGUCGUUGGAUCGGCGCGCGGAAUCCGUGGGCAGUAGGGAACGAUUUGACGGGCUGUUCGGGGCAAGGGAGCGAUCGGCUGGAAUAUCCGAAACAAAGGGGAAUCGCGGCAAGGCGGGACAGCCCGCAGAAUCAACGGGUGAAAGGAAAGGCAGAUGGGUCGGCGCGAUGGGACGACGGUCGGAGUCGGCGGGGACAAGAGCGCGGAGCGGGACGUUGCCGCUGGAUCGUCGUACGGAAUCUGUGGGCCGUAGUGAGCGAUCUGCCGGACUGGUUAGACCGCAGGAACGGAUGGCAGGGAGGGAGACUUGUGGGGAGGCGGACGAACCUGCAGGGCCAACGGGUGAAAGGAAAGGCAGCUGGGGCAUGGCGAUGGGGCGACGGUCGGAGUCUGCGCGGUCGAGAGCGCCGAGUGGGACAUUGCCGUUGGGUCGGCGCGCGGAAUCCGUGGGGCGUAGUGAGCGACCUGGCGGAUUGUCUAGGACGCCGGAACGGCUGUCAGGGAAGAUUGGGGCGAGGGAGAGUUGUGGGGAGGUGGAAGAGCCCGCAGAGCCAGCGGGUGAAAGGGAGGGCAGCUGGGGCAUGGCGCUGGGCCGGCGGUCAGAGUCUGCGCGGACAAGAACGCAGCCGGGGGAGUGCAGCGGGACACUGCCGUUGGAUCGGCGCGCGGAAUCGAUGGGCGCCAGAGAACGAUCUGGCGGAGUGUGUAGGACACGGGGACGGUUGACAAGAGAGGUUGAGGGCAGGGAGAGUCGCGCGGAGGCGGAAGGCUGUAGAGAGUAUACCGGUGAAAGGGAACGAUGGGGCGAAGCGGAUUGGAGGGAGGAACGGUGCGUGGAGCGAGACAGUGCGAGGGGUCAUUCGGGGGACAUGGACGAGACAAGAGGGCGGAGAUUGGAGUCGGAAGGUGCAAGGGAACGCUGCGCGGAGGUGGAUGGGGGGCGAGAAUGGAUGGCGGAGUUGGAAGGAUGCGGCGAGUCGGUGGAGGAGCAGCUUCGAGCGUCAUGGCAGGAAAUACAGGCGCUGCAAGACAGCGAGAAGGCGCUCAACACCAAGAUCGCGGAGUUGCAGUGCGCGUUGCGCGCGGAAGAGGAGGUGGCGCGCGCGACGGAGCGAGAGGCGGAGGCGGAGUGUUGGCGGAGAAUGGCGGCGGAGAGGAGAGUCGCGGCUUUGGAGCGAGAGGUGGAAACACUACAGUCGGAGAUGGCGGACCUCCUGGAGCAGGCCAGCGAAGCGGAGAGCGCGGAGGAGCGGAGCGAGGCGGCGGCGGAAGCGGCGCAGAGCGCGCGGCGGGUGGACGAGGAGGAGUUGCGGCGCGCGCGGGAGGAGGUGGCGGAGCUGGAGGAGCAGAUCCGGCAGCUGUGCGGGUCGGCGGCGCAGCGCGAGCAGCAGUUCCGACUGCUGAUCAGCGAGAUGGAGGAGGAGGUGAGCGCCACGCACGCCAUGGCCAUGGUCGCCAUCGAGCGCGAGGAGCGCGCCGACCACGCCCUGCGCGCGCUCAGGCUCGCGAACGCGCAGCUGAUGGCGGAGCUGCGGGGGAAUGGCAAGGCGCACGGCAAGGCGCUGCUGGGGGGAGAAGGGGGAGGGGAGGAGGGGGCAGGAGGGGAGAGGACGAGAGCGUGCAAUGAGAAUGAGUGCGAGGCGGGCAGCGUGGAUGGCAGCAUCAGCCUGAGCGUGAGUCUGAGCAGCAGCGCCGACAGCAUGAGCGGGCUGUGCAGCGGGUGCCGGGAGAAAAUGAUCCACGGCGGCCCCUCCGGGAAAGGCGCAAGAGGGGGCCGUCGCAGCAGCAGCAGCAACACGAGCAGCAGCAGCCACAGCCACGACUCCAGCUGCAGCAGACAGAGUGCCGCGGGGAGGAGGGAAGGGGACGCUGCUGCUGAGCGGGCAGAGGGUGGGGAGGGGCGUGGGAGGGGCAAGGCAGGGAGGUGCAGGCCGUGUGAGAGGAGGGCAGGUGCUGCUGUGCGUGAGGCAUGCCGGGCGGAGGGGGAAGAGGGGGUGAGGUGCGGGGGGAUGUGGGCGGAGGCAGAGACGGACGAGGAGACGGAGACGGCGUCGGAGUUCUCGUUCCACUUCAGGGGGGCGGGGUCCGACGCAGGGGAGGCGUCAGCUCCUUGUGGGGCUGGUGGCGCAUGUGGCAGGGAGGGCAGUGCUGUGUUUGGGUGGGAGGAGCACGUGGAGGGAGAGGAGCCGCGGGGCAGCAUGAGGGGCAGAGGGAUGGAGAGCUGCAGCGGCCUUGAGGCGUGUAUUGAGAGAAUGAGCGGCGGCCAGGGGACACGAUGGCGCCAUGAGCACGAGGGUGAGAAGCAGCUGUGGGGAGAGGGUGAGGCAGGGCCGGGGCUGGGGCACACCUGUGAUGGGAGGGGGUGGGGGGGCGAGGCGGAGAGUGAUGGCGAGAGGAGGGGCGGAGAGUGUGGGGAUCAAUGGGGAGGCAGCAGAGAGUGCAGAGAGGAGGGCUGGGCACGAGUGAACGCUCAUCCUGGGGUUGAUGGUGAGAGGGACGGCAAAGGACAGAAAAGACACAGUGAGGGGCACUUGCGGCACAUGGGGCAUGUGGCGAAGAGGGUGGGCAGGCAGGCGGGGGUGGAGGCGAGGUGGUUGAGGGGGGAGGUUGGGGCGCUGGUGCGGGACGCGGAGAGGGUGUGUGCGCGCGCGGAGGAGCGCAACUGGCUGGAGCAGGGCGCGCUGCAGCUGUGCGUCGCGCUCAAGCUGCUGCUGCUCAAAAUCCGGGGGGGAGGGGGCAGGCGGAGGGGCGGGAGGGGGAAUCCAAAGGAGCAGGAGGAGCAGGAAGAGGAGGCAGGGAGCCUGAGUGGGGUGCUGGCGGAAGGGGUUCCCGUGGGGGACGAGGACGAAUGGUCGGAGGGAGGCGAGGAGGUGGAGGAGGAAGAGGAGGAGGAGGAGACGGAGAGAGGGAUUAGAAGGAGUGAGUGGUGGCGAGAGGGCAGGCCUGGAGGGGAUGAAGUGGGCGCUGAGGGCAUGUGGGACGCACACGAGAGACCCAUGGCGGAGGGCAUUGCGGAGGAUGAGCAGGAUGCGAGGAGGCGAGAGGAGAACGAGAUAAGAAGAGAGGAGGAAGAGAGACGGACAGAGGAGGAAUCUAGACAACGAGAGGAGGAAUUGAGACUAAGAGACGAAGAAUUGAGACGAAGAGAGGAGGAGUUGAGACGAAGGGAGGAGGAAGAGAGGCGAAGAGUGGAGGAGAAGAGAAGAGAGGAGGAAGAGAGAAGACGAGAGGAAGAAAGAGAGGAGGAAGAGAGGAGGAGACCUGACGAGGGGAGAAGAGCAGAGGAUGAGAGGGCACGAGACGACGCAAGGAGACAAGGGAAAGAUGCGAGAUACGGAGCAGGGGAGAACGAGGAUGUGGAGGAAGGGGAGGUUUUGAGCGAGGGUGGUUCAGAGGAGGGCUGGUACGAGUCAGCUGCUGCUGACGUGGAAGAAACUCCAACUGUCGUGGCUGCCACGUGUGAUUGGAUGGGUGGUGGUGGGGCGGUUGAGGAGAGGGUGGUGCCAGAGGGAGGUGCGGGGGAAGAGAGGGCUGAGGAGGACAGCGUGGGACAUGGAGAGGAAGAGGGGGAGGAGAGCGAAUCAGAAGAGGAGAUAGCAGGGGAGAAUAUGGAGAGUGAGGAUGACGCUGCUGCUAUGCAUGGGGAAGAGGAGGAGGAGGAGGAGGAUGAGAGGGAGAAUGAGGAGGGGCGUGGAGGGGCAGAGAGCAGCAAGGGCGCAUCACGAGGUGAGGGGUGGUCCAUAGGGGUAAUGCAUGCCCGUUCUGCCAGUGCCAGUGUCAGCGAGCAGAUUGGGAGCAGAGAGGAGCAGAGCAGCAGCAGUGCACACAGGAGGGUGAAGUCAGUUGCAGGAGGCAGUGAGAAAGGGAGGGGGAAGCAGGUGGCACCGGGGGGUGAGUGCGAGCACGAGGGCGCCCAGCAGGGCAUGCAGCGCGGGCCGUCGGUGCAGACAAGGCAUGGCGGGCAGUGGUGUGCGGCGGGCAGCGAGCGGUCUGAGAGUGACCCGCAUGACCAGCUGUGUGAUGGGAUGGGGGCAGAGGGGGGGGGCGGGCAGGGGACGAGUGAUGCGUGGGAGGGAGGGGAGGCGCAUGGGCGCCAUGGGGAGGACCGGCGGCGGGCGAUCGAGGAGAUGGCGGCGGUGGUGAGCCUGGUGCCCGCCAUCAGCAGCAGCAGCGAGGGUGCAGGAUAUGCCAAGGGUAUGGGAGUUGCUGGCAAGGGUGGGGGCGAGGGGCCGAGUGCAGUGCUCAACUCACGGCGGAGUCUCAGUCGACUGGCCCUGACUCUUGGCCCUUCCAGCAACGCCUCCACGCCCAGGGGGCACACCCAGUCCUUCACAGACACCCGCACACUCACCCGCACACUCACAAACACUCCCUCACACACCCCCACUCGCACACCCACUCGAGAUUUGUCGUACCUCACAGUGCCAGGCUCGGGCACUGUAGCAGGGGGAGGCAGCGCGUACAAUGGCAGCGGCAGCGGCAGCGAGCCAAGCAGGCUGAGGAAAUGGAUGAGCACGCCCCUGCUAUGGGCUGCUGCUGCUGCCGUAGGGGCAACUGGAGCAGGCACAGCUGGGACUGGGGCUAAGGGCGGGGGAGGAGGGGCAGGGGGCUCGGAGGACUUGCAGAGGCAGCUGCAGGCAGCUCGGGCGGCGCUGCAGCAGGUGACAGGGGCGGUGUACUGGGAGAUGGUGGCAGUGCUGGAGCAGGGCGGCUGCAAGGAGAAGCGGGAGAAGGGGUGGAGGGAGGAGUUUGAGGCAAUGGAGCCACGUGUGGUGGAGGCGGCGGUGGACAAGUCUCAUGUCCAGGUGCAGGAGGCAGAGAAGCUGCUCGAGCGGGCAGAGAAAACACUGCUGCGAUUUACUGCGGUUGAGAAACGCAGUCGCAAGCUGUGUCGGCACAUGGAGAAAAAGCAGCAGGUGCUAGUGGACUUGCAAAAGAUCCUGUUGCAGGCACAAGGGCAAGGGAUGCAUCGCAAGAUCUAUCCUGAGAAGACUGACAAAGUGAACACCAGCUGCAAAUUAUUAUGGGGGACACAAGUCCACCCAAUAUCUUAGUCUAUAUUGAUAUACCCUGUAUGUACGAGUAAUCACAAUUUCUACUACGUUCCAUUAUUAGCAGUGAG